AUGGCCACUACAAUGUGUUUAGUUUCCGGAUCUUUGAUUUUAAUUGAUGGUCUAUUUUAUAUAACUUUCAACAAAAAAAAGCGAACUGAUGAAUCAAAUCUACUCUCAAUUAAUUCUGGAUUCUUGGGGCCAUUUUUUACUUCAAAAUCCACAAAAUCAAAUAAAUGCAAUCAAAAAUUUUCUUUAUCAAAUGAUAAUAAUAACACUUGUCAGAAUUGUGGUCAACAAUCAGCGAUAAUUAUUGAGAAAUUAAAAGCGGCGUUAGUGAAAGAAGUUAAAACGUUAGGAACACCGCCAGUAGAUCAUUCCGUCGAAAGUUUAGAAUAUGAUCGAAAUUUCAAACUUACAUCAUUCAACAAAAACUAUAAACUUGAACUGUUAGAUUCCAAGUUAUCUGUAGGUUCUCUAUUGGAAACAGAUCAAUUUAAUCAAGAAGAAAUGAGAUGA